UUUUUGGUAGCAUCUAUAGCUUGGUUGUCGACAUGCAUCCCUUCCCCAGCAGUCACUACAGACAGGAGAUGUGUGUUCUUGGCUAGUCCACAAAACACUGAAUGGAUCCAUAGAGCAGGGAAUAUCAGUGGCUCCAGUCAGCACUGUGCCAGAACUGAGUGCUGUAUGGGUUACUUUCAGCUGGAGAACCAAAAACCAACGCCUGUCCUCUUAAGUUGUAGUAUAAUCCAAACCAACUGCCCAAACUCAUCAUGCCAUGCAUCAGUUCUUCAUCAGAACUACAUUAGGUGUUUGUGCAGCUCAGAUUUCUGUAAUGUGAACAUCACCUUUAACCAGCAAGCCAAGCAAGCUGAAUACACAAAGCCUCCGUAUUCCUCAGGUACUUCAGAUCUUCUGAGCACUAAGGUCCUCAUUAUUCCUGCUGGAGCGCUGAUUCUUUUCCUUUCCCUCGUGAUGGCACUGAAGUGGAAAAUUCUUCUUCAGCGCUGCAGACCCGUAACUCCUUCAAACCCACAUGACGUCUUAGAGGUUUCUAGUAUCGACCUGGACAAACACCUGGAGUUGCAGAAAGUCGUCGCUUGCGGCCAUUUUGCAAGUGUGUGGCAGGGAACGUUUCAGGGAUCGUCGGUAGCCUUGAAAGUGUUUCCUACAGCUCUACGGCAAGAGUUCGCCAAAGAGAAAGACGUGUACAAGCUGCCUUUAAUGAUGCAUUCUGGGAUCGUGAGGUUUCUUGGACAUGGAAAAAUUGGGAAUGACUUUGUGAUUGUUUUGGAACUGGCAACCCAAGGUUCUUUGAAUGCAUUUCUGUCUAAAACGGUGUGUGACUGGGGCUGUACGCUAAAACUAGCUCAAACCCUAUCGCAAGGAUUGGCCUAUCUGCACACGGACUUAAAAAUGAACGGAGUCUAUAAACCAGCGGUGGCUCAUUGUGACCUCAGCAGCAGUAAUGUUCUGGUGAGAGCUGAUGGUUCUUGCGCUCUGUGUGACUUUGGAUGCUCCACGGUGCUACAGUGGCAAAGAGUCCAGGGAUACUCAAUCAUAGUCGAGAACAGAAUGCAGAUGGGGACCCUGCAGUACAUGUCACCUGAGAUCUUGGAGGGAUGCGUUAAUCUGAGCAGCGGCCGCUGUUUGCUCCAGGGAGACAUGUAUUCCUUAGGGCUACUGCUUUGGGAGAUGCUGAUGCUAUGUUCUGACCUCUCUACAGGUUCUCCUGUUCCCGAACAUGUGCUGCCUUAUGAGACGGAACUGGGACGCAAUCCGUCCCUUGAAGCACUUCUUACUUUUGUGUCGGAGAAAAGAAAGCGUCCAAUUAUACCUCAUCUGUGGGCCAGAGUCUCUCAGGGCUUGCUUCUCCAAGAGCUCCUUGAAGACUGCUGGGAUCACGAUGCAGACGCAAGACUCACAGCAGAGUGUGCAGCCAAUAGAUUAGCUUAUUUAUCCCUCGAUGUCUGAGUGCUAGCGUAACGUUGCUUAAAUCCUGUAAUAACUCGUGAAGUGAAGUGAAAUUGAAUUAAGUGAAUUGAGCGGAGUUUAGCGUAUUUGUGUGAGCAUGUUCGCUUAGCAGAUUACUGUACUUGGAAUAAAGAGGAUAAUAAUUGUCUUCAUUGUAUAUACGUGUUUUAACAUGCAGCAGUACGUUUGUUAGUGCUGUUACAUAUACAAGUG